GCCCUCUCCUCGGGGAUGCCGGGAUGUUUACACUCCUGACAGCAGCGUCCACCCGAGCAGGAGCAGCAGUUGCGGGAGGAUGGGCUGCUGCUAGGCUCGCGCUCGGGACGUGCGGGGCCGUGAGAGGGUGGGUGGCCGCGCCUGCGGCGUCUGCUGGGGCAGCGUGUCGCGAGGUGGCGUUCGGCUCAGGCCCCGCAGCCACAGUCCUCGGCCCUGCGGGCCUUUCCGCGGCGCUGCCUGGCCAGGUCGCCUGCCCGCCAGCCCCAGGCCCCUCGCGGGCAGCAGAACUGACGACUCCCGGCUUCCUGGUCUGUGAAGUGCCCGUGGCCUCGGACGAUGGAUGAGCAGCCGCAAGGCAUGCCGGGGCCGCCCGUCCCGCAGUUCCAGCCGCAGAAGGCCUUACGACCGGAUAUGGGCUAUAAUACACUAGCCAACUUUCGGAUAGAAAAGAAAAUUGGUCGCGGGCAAUUUAGUGAAGUUUAUAGAGCAUCCUGUCUCUUGGAUGGAGUACCAGUAGCUUUAAAAAAAGUGCAGAUAUUCGAUCUGAUGGACGCCAAAGCCCGUGCCGACUGCAUCAAGGAGAUCGACCUCCUGAAGCAACUCAACCAUCCAAAUGUAAUUAAAUAUUAUGCAUCGUUCAUCGAAGAUAACGAGUUAAACAUCGUGUUGGAGUUAGCAGAUGCUGGCGAUCUGUCCAGGAUGAUAAAGCACUUUAAGAAGCAGAAGCGGCUGAUCCCGGAGAGGACCGUCUGGAAGUACUUCGUGCAGCUGUGCAGCGCGCUGGAGCACAUGCACUCCCGCCGGGUCAUGCACAGAGACAUCAAGCCGGCGAACGUGUUCAUCACGGCCACGGGCGUGGUGAAGCUCGGGGACCUGGGCCUGGGCCGCUUCUUCAGCUCCAAGACCACCGCGGCGCACUCUUUGGUGGGAACGCCGUACUACAUGUCUCCCGAGAGAAUCCACGAGAACGGCUACAACUUCAAGUCGGACAUCUGGUCCCUCGGCUGUCUCCUGUACGAGAUGGCGGCGCUGCAGAGCCCCUUCUACGGCGACAAGAUGAACCUGUACUCGCUGUGCAAGAAGAUCGAGCAGUGCGACUACCCCCCGCUCCCGUCGGACCACUACUCGGAGGAGCUCCGGCAGCUGGUGAACAUGUGCAUCAACCCGGACCCGGAGAAGCGGCCGGACGUCACCUACGUGUACGACGUCGCCAAGAGGAUGCACGCCUGCACCUCGAGCAGCUGAGCGCCGCGGGGAGCGACGCCGAGACCACCGAAGUGUUUCCGUGCAGGCCGCGCCCCCGCCUCUGUCCGGGUGCCGGCGCCGAUGCGCCGGAGCUCGCGUGCUUCGAAUCCUUAACCAGUUUUCAUCCAAGCUUCAUUCUGUACCCGUGUAAGUCGCCUUCCUGCAAACCCCAAGUGACUUUGGAGAGAGCGGAUUGCAUGCUGGGAGAGCGAGAGGAGCGCGGUGGCUCUCGGGGUAUCCAGGUCCGGGCGCCGACAUGGGGUGCGCGCUGGUG